GAGCGGCCGGUGCCGGGGGGAGCGGGGGAGCCGCCCCCGCCUCCACGCCGUCCUCCACGCCGCCCUCGCACCGGGGACCGGCGCCCUCUCCUCCCGGACCCGGGACCCUGACACUUUGAAGAACAAGAUUUUUUAAAAAAAGUGGCUGCCGGUUGUGUUGGGGAUGAGAUACUGAUUGACAUCUGACUGCAUCUUGUGAAAUUACUGUUUUAAGGGGCAUGGUGCAGUGAUCAAGGAGGACAACCUUCAGGUGUUCCAAUUCCACAAGCGGCACUAAAUCUUGGUGGCCUUGGAUUUUGAGGGUUACCUAGAACAGAAUGGGGAAGCAGAACAGUAAGCUCCGCCCCGAGGUGCUCCAGGAUCUCCGGGAGAACACCGAAUUCACAGACCACGAGCUCCAAGAGUGGUACAAGGGAUUCCUAAAGGAUUGCCCUACCGGCCAUUUGACUGUUGAUGAAUUCAAGAAGAUAUACGCCAACUUUUUCCCGUAUGGCGACGCCUCCAAGUUUGCCGAGCACGUCUUCCGUACGUUCGACACGAAUGGCGACGGGACGAUUGACUUUAGGGAGUUUAUCAUUGCCCUGAGCGUCACCUCUCGGGGAAAGCUGGAGCAGAAGCUGAAGUGGGCAUUCAGUAUGUACGACCUUGAUGGAAAUGGUUACAUAAGUCGUGGGGAAAUGCUCGAAAUUGUACAGGCAAUCUACAAGAUGGUGUCCUCAGUAAUGAAAAUGCCCGAAGACGAAUCCACCCCUGAGAAGCGAACAGACAAAAUUUUCAGGCAGAUGGACACGAACAAUGACGGAAAAUUAUCCCUCGAAGAAUUUAUUAAAGGUGCCAAGAGUGAUCCCUCUAUUGUCCGAUUGUUACAAUGUGAUCCAAGCAGCGCAAGUCAGUUCUAAUUCAGCUCGAACCUGGACAAUUGCAGAAAAACACACUGGCUUGUCAUUCAAGCUUUGCUUGCAAAAUGGAUGCCUUCUCCAUCGUUGCUCUACUCUUACUGGAUAAGAUUCCACUCGCUGGUGGUGGCUCAGUGUGUUUGUGUGAAAGCACCCUCCUCUCAUUCCCACCAGGGCAACGUUCCUUAUGCAGUUAGUUUGUUUUGGGUUUUUUUUGUUGUUUUUGUUUUUUUUUUUUUCUGUCAUCCUGACUCUUAUGCAGCCCAAAUGUCACUUAAAGGUAUGUUUACAUACAGGUAGCAGUGUUCAAGGUGUUUUGGUCAGAUUUCCCAUCACUCGGUUGGUAUAUAUGAUGACACUCAGCCCCAAGAAGAUGCUAGAUAGAACUUUAGGAUCUAGCAAGUCAUAGCUAAUUUAUUUUGCUUCAGAAGUGACCAAGUUUGAAAUCUGAGGACUAAGUGGAGUUGAAAGCAGUAAAGAAGAAACUCCCUUUCCUAUGCAUGGUUCUAUCUCUUGAGGACGGUUGCUUGCACUUAUGUCAUAAUGUUCUCUGCUUUCUUUUAAUAUAUAAAUUAUAUAUGGUGAAGUAAAAUUUAAUAUGUAGGUUAUAUAUUUAAUGCAUCUGGUAGCCUAUAUUUCCUCUAGAAGCCUGUGAUUAAUCAAAUUCUGACUGUGGUAUUUAUGCAUUCAAAAUUUGCUGUUUUAAAAAGGAAAUGCAUGAUUAACCGUUCAAUGUGGGUAUUUCACUAUUUAAUUACAGAAUGCCAAUAUUUGUUCAAAGUUCAUUUUUACCGUUGAUUGUUUCAGCGUCGACUGUGCUCAGAUUAUGAAAUAGAAAAGGAAAAUCUGAAUUCUGAACUUGCCCAUAGCGCUCCAGUGGGGUAUAUUCAAUGGACUCAUGUGCUGUUAGAAAUUUUGCUCCAUCUCCUAUAUUUGCUGUCGAUAUGUUUGAUAAUUCUCGUGCAUUUCAGUGUUAUUUAAUAUCUGCCUAAUGCCAAGCCACAUUAAUUGAAAUAAAAGACUCCUUUUCUUGUCGG